CAUAGGGAUCUCUGGCAUAAGGGUCAGCUGCAUAGGGAUCAGCUGCAUAAGGAUCUUCACCAUAAGGAUCCCUCGCAUAUGGGUCAGCUACAUAGGGAUCAGCUGCAUAAGAAUCUUCACCAUAUGGAUCAGCAGCAUAGGGAUCUUUGCCAUAAGGAUCCUCACCAUAAAGAUCAGCUGCAUAAGGAUCCACUGCAUAAGGAUCUUCAGCAUAAGGAUCAGCUUCAU